CGGCGCCAUUUGAAAUCGAUGCCGUGAAAUUAGCUCCGAGAAAAGCAACAUAAAUUCGCGAUACAUUACACGUUUUUUGUUUGUUUUGUUUUUCAUUUGUGGUAAAGAAGGACUGGUUUGAAUUCUGAAGUUAAAUGAUUAUGAAGUCAUUCUAGAAUGCUUUUAGAAUCAAACAGAAUCAAGUUACUAAAGUCAAGAUUAUAAUCUAGUGCCAGCUGUUAGUACUGUGACUAUACAGGUGAAGUUCGGCAUUCAGACAUAACAUCCAUUUUCUUAGAGUGCUGAAGCUACUGAACAGGAUGGGUAAAUUCAGGGAACUUCAGAACAGUAGACAGAAAAGGAAAAGUAAUAAUACUAAAGUAGAUUCUGAUAAUGAAGAAGAGGUUUGUUCUCCAAAGAAACACAGCAGAGUUGAACAGAAAGUUGUUCAGAAAGAUAAGUUAAAUGCUAUAAAUGAUACAAGCUCAGACAGUGACUCUGAUUCAGAUGAAGAGAUGGUAGUUGAAAAACUUAAAGGUAAAUCCUUUGAACAUGUUGAAGAACUCAAUGAAAAUGACAGUUCAGACUAUGAUGAUGAUGUUGUCAAUGAUGAUGGUGAUGGUAGAGAUUCUGAUGUCAGUGAAAAUGCUGAAAGUGAUGAUGAUGAUGAUAAUGAUGGUGAUGAUAGUGAUGAUGAUGAUGACAGUGACAAUAAUGGCUUAAAUAAAACAACAGAAUCAGGUAAAAUGAAAUUUUAUAAUGCUGACAAGCUUACACUAAGUAGUAAAUCAUUGCAAAGUGGUGAUAAAAAAAUUGGAAGUGAGAUUUCUUCAUCUGGAGAUGAGGAUAGUGUUGAUUCUAGUGAGAGUGAAAGUGACAAUAGUGACAAUAAGGAGACAGUGAAAAGCGGUACUAAAAAAGGUGCAGUUAGAUUAAAAACAGCACCUGUCAAGAAAAAACAGCAGAAAAAAGCAGCAAAAAAUACCACUGGUAUUGGCAACAAAAAGCAACUUAAGAGAACUGUGAAUGAAAAUUCAGAUAAUGCUGAAAGUAGUGAUUCUAGUGAAGAUGAUGAUGACAGUGAUGAUGAAGAGAAAAAUAUUGAACAUAAAAAAGAAACACACUCCAAAUCAAAAGUCAGGUCUAAUAGUGGGAUGCAAGAAGAUGAAGAAGGUAGUAGUUCUAGCAGUGACGAUGAGAGUGAUAAUGAUAAUAAAAGUGAUGAUGAUGAAACAGAUAAUGACGAUAAACAAGUAAAUUCAAAAUCAGAAGUUAGUCAGAUCAGUAAUAAACAUAAAGUGGACAGUACAGUGACACAAGGUGUCAAAAUGGAAGUGAAAGAAUCAUCAUCAGACUCUGAAAAUAGUGAUUCAAGUGAUGAUGAGGAGGAGGAGGAGGAUGCUGCUGCUAAGAUUACAGAUGAAAAUGACGAUGUUAAAGGCACUGCUACUUCUGGGAAUGGCUCUGAAAAUGAUGCAAGCGGAGAUGAAUUUGCUGCUGUGAAGAAAGAGUUAGCUAAUAUUCCACUAGAAGAUUUGAUGAAAGUAAAAGAGAAAUUGGGACUGAAAAUGUUCAACAGAAUCAUGCAUGGUGAUAAGUUUGAGGAGAAGAAACAGAAAGUAUUCAAAAGAGAAAAUAAAAACAGACCUAUGGAAAUGUCAGCAAAAAAACGGGUCCCUGUGUUACGUCAUGCAACGGUAGCAAAAGAAAAGGUUAGACGUGAUCCAAGAUUUGAUGAUUUAUCUGGAGAAUUCCAGGACAAACACUUUAUGAAAAAUUACUCUUUUCUUAAUGAUGUUAAAAGUAAAGAGAAAUUGCUUGUGCAGAAAAAGAUGAAGAAGACCAAAGAUGAAGACAAGAAGAAAGAACUGGCAAAAUUGCUCAAUAGAAUGAAUCAACAGGAGCAGAUAGAGCAGAAAAAGAGACAUAGAAUGGAAAUGGAACAACAGUGGAAGGAGAAAGAGAAACAGUUGGUGAAAGAUGGAAAGACACCUUACUUCCUAAAGAAAUCUGAAAAGAAGAAACUAGAGCUUGCAGAGAAAUACAAGGAGUUACAGAAAUCAGGGAAAGUGGAUCAGUACAUGAGUAAGAGACUGAAAAAGAAUGCACAAAAGGAGAAGAAAAAGUUACCAGGAAGACAUCAGAGAUUUAUGUGAAAUAGUCAUUAUUCAAUACAUCAUACAUUCAGUUUUGAAUUUUAUUUUUGUUUUUGUGUCUUAGUGCUGUUUGAUGGUGAACAAUAUACUUGCAUUAAACUGUCAGUCUGUCA